GGCGAAGACGGCGGCGGCUCGGCCCCUUUAAGGCUGAGUCUGGCGUAACGCGAUCCCGCAGUGAGUGCCAGCCGGCCGCCGCAGUAGCAAAAGCCUCCGCCGGAGAAGCACCGUGUGUGGGUGUGAAGGGCUCUCCCGCCGCAGGGGCCCGCGAGGAAGAAUGGGAGGGACAGGCGGUCGGUCACGGUAAGCCCUCAGGCUGAAGAAAGAUGGCUGCCUACAAUAAACUCAUUUUGGGAGUUGGUGUUAGUAGUUUUGCUAUAUUUCAACUUCUCUUCCAUGUAUUAAGUUCUUGGGUUUCAGCACGUGUAACUUCUGGUUUUAAUAAUCUUGACCAAAAAAAGAAGAUUGAAUGGAAUUCAAGGACAGUAUCGACAUUCCAUGCCCUGGUGGUUGGAGCAUUUUGUUUAUAUAUUUUAUUAUAUGACGAAGCUGUUAAUGUUGACCAUGUUUGGGGUGAUCCUUCUAUAGUGAAACUAAAUCUUGCCAUUACUACAGGCUACCUCAUUUCAGACUUGUUGCUAAUUAUUUUCUACUGGAAGGCGAUUGGGGAUGUAUUUUUUGUAAUUCACCAUUUAGUAGCACUCUAUGCCUACUACUUUGUACUGGAUAGAGGAUUAUUGGCAUAUUUUGCUAACUUUCGUCUUCUUGCAGAAUUCUCUACCCCUUUUGUGAAUCAGCGAUGGUUUUUUGAAGUGUUGGGGUAUUCCAAGUCUUCAAAAGGCAACAUUAUCAAUGGAGUACUCAUGACAGUCGUGUUCUUCCUGGUGAGGAUUGCAGUCAUGCCAGUUUAUUAUAGCCAUGUUGCAUUUGAGUAUGGAACAGAAGCUUUUGACAGAUUAGGAUUUGCAGCUCAGAGCGCCUGGUUUAUCUCCAGCAUCGUGUUGGAUGUCAUGAACUUAAUGUGGAUGGUCAAAAUCACAAAGGGAUGUUACAAAGUUGUUUGUCUUAUUGGACAAGGAGAAGCCAAAGCUCAUAAGAAUGGAAAAUCUGACUAGAAGACUUUUAAAAAGAUCCUCUUAACAACAGUCUUUGGUUCAUGAAAAGAACAAUGCACACUUUUGCCAUAAAAAGCUCCUCUUAAGGAAAGAAGGUAUUACCUCUGUUUAAAUUUAGCCUUUCCCUUACCUGGCUGCUUGGGCACCCAGGGCCACUUCAUUUAUAGACUUACAUUUGGUGGAAUGGGAAACAUAGACAUGCUGCAUAUACCUUGGCAGCAUGUUCUAAUCACAAAUGAACCUGUAAAGGAACAAACUCUUCUAGCACUACGUUCCUAAGAAUUUUCACUCAGGUUUCUUAGACUAAUGUGUUUUUAAUGCCUGUGAAUGUCAGGAUCUCUAGUUUACGUUCUGUUAAUAUGACAACUCUCCUGGCAUGUUUCUCUGCUUUCUCAGUGUUUGGUGUUCAUAAUCAAGGUUUCCUGUUUUGACAACUUUUAAAAUAUUUUUGCAAGUAUUUUGCUUUGAAUCUAUGAUCUUUUACUGCAUUUUCUGCUGCCUUACAUGCAUGGAUACAACUUCUGGGAUUUAUAGAGCAAUUUUACAUGAGCGAAUCUAAAUUAGAAUUUGAGAUUUCUUUUUUUAAAAAAACUCUUCUGCUGUGGAUAAACUGCUGCCGUUUUCAUCCUUUUUAAAAUUAUCUGAAUUCCAUCACAUGUUAGCAUGGUACACGUAUGGAGAUAAAAGCAAAUUCUUACUUCAGUGUUUCCUCUUUGUCAUGGCUAUUGGGACCUAUAUAUGUUUUUAGUGUAUUAUCAUAUAACAAAGACAUUUUUAUGAUGUUUAACCUACUGAAGGAGAAAACUUUACUAUGUUUAGAAUGUAAAGGGGUAUCAGAAUAGCUGGUGAGCUUGUUAAGCAGAGUUUAAUGUUUUACUAAUCACAUUCAAUUUUCAUUUUUUUAAAAAAGCUUAGAAAAUAUGUCAUUGAUUGUUUCUCCAAAUUGGUUUUUUUUUUAAAAAACACACACACUUUAACUCUAUUAAGAUUUCUAGAGCAGCUCUACAAAGUCCUUACAUUAAUUGCUGUCAUAAGAAACAACCAUUUUUCAAAGUUUCUCACCUUUAAUAGAAAUUUGCAAACACAUGUGGCAAGCAAAGACUGACAAAAGGAAACAUUUGUAAAAAUAAAAAAAUGAAAAAGAUACGUUUACAUUAAUUGUACACCCAUUCUUUUCUACUAUGACCUGCAGUUUAUCUUUGUGAAUUUAUUCUUGACCUGUGUUUCUCAAAUAAUGAAAUAUUCACUUGUAUUUGUGUUUCAAGUUUUUAAUAUUGUAUGUCCUAACUUGCUGCUACUGUGGUGUUUAUUAUGUUUUUGAUGCAAAUACGCAGAAACACUGUAGAGAACAAGCUGUUUUGACUUUUUUAAAAAACUGGCUUCAUGUUGGUGUAUUGUUCUAUUGCUGCUUUUUAGCAAACCUUAUACAGAAGGUGAUUUGUAUUCUGAAACAGAAAAUAGACUAUGGCUCCCACGUAAUACAGGCAUAAAGAAAGUGUUACUAAAACAUGCACAUUCUUAAUUUUUUCAUAGUUCUUCAUAUUCUCUAUAUCUUGCUAAAUAGCUCUUGGGUUCAGAAGAUUAUAGUGACUGCUAUUAAGUACACUUUUUUGUCGUGUUAAUUAAGCCCAUUCAAAUCAUCAUUGAUUCAUUGAUUCAAAUCAUGUUUAUCUCUUAAAAGAUCUGGUACAAGUAGUGGCUUGCAUAUGUGAAAGAUUAAUCUUUUAAAAAAAACUCUAUAGAGCUUGGAAUCAUAAAUUGAUGCACAUAGAUGUGUGAAGCAGCUCAUUGCUCUUUGUUUACCAAACAGCCAUUUUGAAUUCUAGAGGUGGGGAAGGAGGAAAGAAAAGCCGCCUAGAAAUUCAGAUAUGAAUAUCUACAGUAUUUUCUGGGUGGAAAUGCAAUGAUUGCUAAUGAGUUGACCAAUAAUUUUUAUAGACUAGCCUUGUUGGAUGAUAACAGAUGGCUGUGCAAAUAAGUACUGAGUGCUGUUUAGGCCUCUUAUUUUGAUUUGUAAUUUUUCAGUAAAGUGCCUUGUUGCAGGUUCUAACACAUUUGCUAUUGGCAAAUUGGCUGCCUUGAGUUAACUCUUGAAACAGAACUGAAUAUUUUUGUUAACAUUCUAAAUUAAUACCUUUUGGAAAUAAUGGUGUAAUAUAAUGUGUUAAGAAUAAUAUUCAAGAAAAGGGAUUGUUACCAAUACAGAAUAAUAGAUGUAACUGUGAAGCUCUUUUUGCUUCUGUUUAGAACUAAAAGUUUGUGUAAGUCUAUUGGUUCAAACAUGUUUGUUCAUUGAACACUUUAAAGAUCAACACAGCUUUUUGGUGCUUUUCUUUAACAUUUCAAGCUUUGCAUUGAAGCAGGGGUGGCCUACUCCUCAAACCCGAUCAGCACACUUCCCAUUCUCAACAGCCAUAGCAGAGUAGUAAAUCUCUACCACUACAAUCACCUGGAAGCAGAAAAGAUACUGGUAAAAAGAAUGCUACACAUUGAAUCCAGCUGUGAGUACCAAAAGAAAUAGCAGGAUCCCACUGAACAAGAAAAUCCAGAUGUGUGUGUUGGUGGCUGGCAGAACCAAUAAUUAUACCUAUACUGGUUUAGUGUGUGGGCAAGACCUAACUGGGUGGCUGGGUGUUUUUGAUUUUUUGAGAGGUGGUGUUAGAACAGAAGGGGCUUCUCAGUUUGUCCGUGAAGUAUCAUGUAGCAUCUUCAUGUUUACAGCAGAACAUUAGUAGCAUAUUUUGCAAGUACUUUACUACUGCAUUGGAUUAGAGCCAGGCAGUACUUUGUAAGAUCUGAAAAUUCUCUUCAAAACAUUUCAGUUGUACUGUUUGAAAUAGCCCUUUAAAAAUGAAACAAUCAUUGGCUGAUAUCCAAAGAGGCUAUUAUGCAGUCAUAACCUUCCUCUCGUUUUCCAGCUGCGCUGUGAGGAUUGUGGUCUGAAGAGGAGGUUUCUGAAAAAUUACAGAAUGUGUAUAAAUUAUCCACAUGGCUCUCUGUACCCCAGUCUAUAACUUGGAUAGUUCAACAUUUAUAUGAUCUGCCAUUUGAAUAACUGAAAAUGCUAUUUCUCUGCAAUUCAAAUUAAUAUGGACUACAUGGAUUUGGUUCACGAGGUUUUAGACUGACAGUGUUUGUUACUGGGGAAUCCAUCUAAACAAACUACUACCUGUCUUCCCAUUUCCCCCCUUGACUUACAUGGAACAAAACAGCAUGUUCUCAAAGUUUUUACACUUGACAUGUAGUUGUAAUAGGUAUUUACAGUUGUUUAUGCAUAGAUUUUAUUCUCAGCAUAUUUUGAGAGUUUUUUUGCUUUAUAUAUUUUGGAAUUUAAUGUAACUUUCUUUUUUGCAAAAGGAAUUAGCAUAUGCCAUGUUCAGCUGUUUUCAGAAUAUAUGUACAAGAUACAUAAGCAGAAAGCCCCUUUAUUUAAAACUGCUAAACUGCUUUUCUAUCAAAAUACCAAAGCAGUGUGCACUUUCAUUCAUUUCAAUGUAAGAUUUUUUAAAAAAAUGAUGAUAUAUUAUGAAGGAGUUGAGGUCCUAUGGCAGUGAAUGUUUUCUCGCAGUAUCCAUUGUAAAUGGUUUUGUAUCCUCCUACCCUGAAGUGUCUGUUUUUAAUCCCAUGAAUUUUAGUGUUCUCAUAAUACAAUUCUAUAAACUAUCAACAUAGCAUAAUGCUGUAAAUUGGGGGUGGCCAAAAUGUGGCCAUUGGAUUGCAUUCAGCCUCCCCUUUGAUUUUUCUGACCUUUAUAACCACAUUUGUACAGAAAGUUUAUAUAUGCUCUUGGAGAAUUCGUGUGUAGAAAUGGUGCGCUGAGUAUAAGAGAGAUGACAUGAAGAGGAAGCUGAAGCCAGUUCUUCAGGCCUCAUACUUCCCCCUUUCUCCUUGCUUGGUGGGUCAUUCCCAUCUACUUUGAACCUGGCACUGAUGGUCAAACUACAUAUACAAUGUUACUGAUAUUCUUUCAUUUUAAAAAGCAGCUAUGGGGAGCUCCUGAUUUGACACUGGGCAUGGCACUGGGCCAGGGGGUUCACUUUCUCUAAACUGAAAUAGCAAGAUGAAGUUUGGGCAUGCUGUUGGAAGAAAUCACAAUAACAAAUGAUGGGUACAAUUCAUUGGUAAGCCCGUUGGCCUGCUGAAUGGGUUGUACAGCACAACUCUAAGCAUGUUUACUGACAAAUG